GAGGCGAUGUGGAAACAGCCUACAUUGCGAGCUGGCUUUAAAUUUAAAUCUACUCGAGAAAGUGUAGUCAGGUAGCAAUUUAUUCGUGGUUUGUGACAUGAUUAAUCGCUAAGAAGUUUCUUAAAUGUAAGAAACAUAUCUGGCUACGUAGAGUUAGUGCUGCAAACUACAUCGGAUAGCUAACUAGCUGCCUACCUAACCUCUGAGCGCAAUAUCGAGCUAGCCAGCUAGCUGUCGGAUCCGUUAGCUAAUGCGGGAAAAGCUAAAGAAAAGGGAAAUAUAUUGCUUAGUUAUCGCUAUUUGCCGUAACUAGCUUGUCAAUCUUUGUCUCUUAAACGGGGUAAAAGCAAUUGUAAAAGACCAAUAGCUUGCUAGAUACCUAGCUAGUUAACUGGUAUGCACAGCCGCCUAUAUCUAGUAAGCUGCCAAGCUUGCAGCAGAAGUUAAAUUUAACUGUUUUAUUGUGAAAUGAGGAUCGCUUAGUCAGUCAGCUCAACCCGAGCUUCUCAGAAACGACAAUAAAAAACGACAUACCGCGGGGGAGGUUUGGUAUAGGUAUUUGGUAGACAGUGUGUUGCUAUAGCUAGCCUAGCAGUCGUAAUAGACUGGGUUGCUAGGUAGUAAGCUAGCUACCUAGUUUUUUAACUAUUGGGUAGUGUUUAUAGAAGAGUGGGUAUGUGGCGAGGUAGCUAGCUAGCUAACAUCAGUCUGUUCUUCAGAUACAGAUUUCAAGUUUACCAAAGUGAUGGUAAAGCAAUAACUGUAAAUGAAUAAUUUAGUUUUAGCUAGCGAACUGAGUAAAAAAAAAUGACAAAAUGGUCAGGCUGACAAGUUUCUUCAGGAAUGUAACGAGAACUCCGCAAGUCAAGAUAGCUAGCUAGCUAGCUUGCUAACUCAGCUCGCUAACCAUGAAAGCAUUAACCACGCAGAGUCGCAACGGUGAAUAAACAGGAUCCCAAUGGUUUUUCUACAUUUUCAAACAUGGGUGAUAUGAAGACCCCGGAUUUUGAUGAUCUUUUGGCUGCCUUCGACAUCCCGGAUGCCACCAGCCUGGAUGCUAAGGAGGCCAUCCAGACCAGCCAUGAUGAGGGGGAGGGUCCCCUGAAAGCGGCGGGGAUGUGCAUGGACGAUGGCAUCUCCAUCCACCAUGCCGCGCCCACCUUGGACGUCCCAGCUGUCAGCGUGAUCGUGAAAAACACCAGCCGGCAGGAUUCCUUCGAGUCCGCUGUGGAGAGGGAUGGCACCCGACUGGGAGGCCUGGUCCAAAAUGGAUUUCGGAGUGCAGGACCCGCCCUGGACUACUGUCACAUGGGUCACGGUAGCUACGGGAAGUUUGAGGCAUCUUUCCUAAACGGGGACAGUUUGAGGGGCCCUUUGGAAAAAACAGCAGCCCACAGGGCUGACAGAGUGCCGUCCUUUUCCCAGUUUAGUCCCAUCUCCAGCCCGGAAUCCGAGGAUGCCCAGGGGAACGGGAUUGAUGUCCGUCCAAGACAAGAGGAGAGACCUUAUUUCCCUGUUGUUUCCAUGGCUCAGCCAGCAGACCUUCUCAUGGUGGACAGUCAGAGGAAAUUGGUGGCCUACAGCAUGUUCGAUAAAUGUUAUAAUAGAGACGCUUUUAAUGAAACGGUGAACAGCUAUGAGAGGGAGAGAGUAUCAGUCAGACCAGAGGAGACCAGGGCAGAGGGUCAUCGUGAAGGCUCUUACAAAGACCAUGUCAAAAUGGAAACAUUCCUUGGUAGCCAAGGGCUUCCCUUGGACGACCCACGCAGCACGAAGCUUGAAGAGACGAACCGUUACUCUGUGUCAGAGUCUGGCGUGAGCCCGUCCCAGUGCGUCAAAACUCCAGCCUCUAAGCUGUCCUCGUGCCUCGCCGCGCUGGUGGCACUGAACGCUAAAAAGGACGCCGAGGCCUCAAAGGAAACGCAGACAAACUCCAGAGACCCAUUGGUGACCAUGAAGGAAACUGCCAAGGUUAACCCGGUGGUGCCCAAGUCUCCGAAGAGCCCAAGAAGUCCCCUGGAGGUUGUGAAACGGUUUAUCAAACAGCCAGACAGCCCAGUAAGUGUCUGCAGCGACAGCAGUGGCAAGGCGUCUCCUUCGGUGACCACGGGGUCACCUCCUGCCAUACCAAGAGUCAGAAUAAAGACCAUCAAGACCUCGUCUGGGCAAAUCAAGCGCACCGUUACCAGUGUGCUGCCCGAUUCUGAAGUCGAGGACAUCCAGUCUCCCGCCGAGUCGACUCCGUCGCAGUCUUUCGAAGAGCUGUCGCCCAGUCCGCAGCCGAGGCCACUUCCUCAUUAUCUGACCGCCGACGUUGUUUUUGAAAACGGCAGGAGUAAAUCUUCCCUCAAAGUAACUUCAUCGGCUACCCUCCCAUCAAAAGCCAUCCGGGUCAUGGCAGACGGGAGCUCCAAGAAGAAGGCCAGGGUGCAGUCGUCCGCUCCUCUCCAGACCGCUAGCAGCGCGCUCAUGAGGGCUGUGAACAUCGUACAGCAGCAGCAGCACAGACAGCAGAAGACUGCAUUGGUCCAAAUGGCAAACACCCCCAACACCAGCUUCCUCCCCAAAGCUGUGCAUUUGGCCAACCUAAAUCUGGUCCCUCACAGCGUGGCGGCCUCGGUUACAGCCCGGUCCAGCACCCAGCGGCAGAGCCAGCCCCAGAUCUCCACCCCCAUGGUGUGCAGCACCGUCCCGCUGGUACACCAGGUGAAAAAAGCCACACACCUCCCUUGUCCUCCCGUCCCCACCGGCGCUGUUGGGACCCUUAACAGGCUGUUAAACGGCACCAACCCCGUGCCGACCUACGUGCCCAACUUAAGCCCACCGCUGGAGUCUGGCAUCACCUUGCCCGACCGCGGUUACCGCUGCCUGGAGUGCGGGGACUCGUUCGGUCUGGAGAGGAGCUUGGCGCAGCACUACAGCAGGAGGAGCGUGCACAUCGAGGUGGCCUGCAUGCACUGCUCCAAGUCGCUGGUGUUCCUCAACAAGUGUAGCUUGCUGGCGCACGCCCGAGAGCACAAGAGCAAAGGGGUGGUGAUGCAGUGCACGCAGCUCUUCAUGAAACCCAUCCCUGCCGACCAGAUGUUCACCCCCGCUGUCACCGAACCCGCCAUGCCCGCCGGCUCCCAGGCCACCCCGGCGGGCCCCACCUCUUCGGCAAAUUCAGCCAAGGUCAAACCAGUCAUGCCUUUGUAUCCGGACAAGAUCAUUCGCCACGGCCUCAAGUGUCUGGAGUGCAACAUUCAGCUACAGGACUACAGAUCCCUCGCCGGACAUUACCAGAGGGUUUCUGAGGAAACGGAGGGACUGAUGUGCAAGUUGUGUCCGAUGAUGCUGCCCAACAAGUGCAGCUACAAGGCCCAUCAGCGCAUUCACACACACAAGUCCCCUUACUGCUGCCCAGAGUGCGGGGCGGUCAGCCGCUCCGUCGACAUCCAAAAGCACGUCAAAGAGAACUGCCUCCAUUACUCACGCAAGAUUGGGAACAAGUGUCUUCACUGUGACGUGUUCUACCUGUCAUUUCAAGCUCAGAAGAGACACAUAGAGGAACAGCACUGUGAGGUCUUCCACAAAUGUGCUCUCUGCCCUGUUGCCUUCAAGACUGCUGACGGCUGUCUGACACAUGUCAAAAACAAGCACAAUUCCACCACCGCGGCCCCUCAGUUAAUCUACAAGUGCGCCUGUGAAACGGUUUUUAAGAAAAAGCAGCUGCUGUUUGAUCACUUCCAUCUGAAUGCUAAAAAGCAGUGUGUGUUUAAGUGCCCAGAGUGUGCCGUGGUCUUUACACAGAAGCAGCCGUUGAUGCAGCACUUCAAGAGCGUGCACGGAGGCGUCUUCAGCGCAGCGGCAGACGAAAGCGUGAAACAGACGGAGGAGACCGCCUCGGUCCGGGAAGCGAGAGCGACAUCCCACCAGCCCAAGGCAAACAGCUCCGUGAGGCAAACGGCCACAGUGGAGCAGAGGGACGGUUCAGCGGCGCUCAAGGCCAACAGCAAGCUGAACCUGAGGAAUGCUGGCUGGACCUGUGGAGAGUGCUUGCACUGGCUCCCGGACAGAGAGACCUACGUCUCCCACAUGAAGACCAGCCACGGAAAGUCAUUGAAGAGGUAUCCGUGCCAGCAGUGUGAGAGGUCUUUCAACUCCUCCACCAGUCUGAGGCGACACCUCCGAAAUGACCACAUGGGAAAGAGGAAGACCUACACCUGCUGGUACUGCACGGAUGAGAAAGUGACCUUCACCAAAUACUUCAUGCUGAAAAACCACAUCAGCCUGAUGCAUGGCAUUAAAAACCCUGACUUCAGCCAGAUGGCCCCCCAGGAGACAAGCCAGGGCUCAGGAAAGAAACCUGGAGAUAAGAGAAGAGGUGGGGAGGUCCAGAGGGAGGGAGCAGGUGGCGCUGCCCUGGAGGCCACCCCGCCCAAAAGGCCGAAGCCACAGUUCCGCUGCGCCAAGUGCGGCUUUACCGCGGAGGACAGCGUGAGCUUCCAGGAGCACAUACCCCAGCACAAAGCCGACGACUCCACCCCGCAGUGUCUGCACUGCGGCCUGUGCUUCGCUUCCCAGCUGGCCCUCAGCAGGCACCUCUUCAUCGUGCACAAGAUCAAGGAGCCGGAGCAGGAGGAGGAAGCUCAGGAGGAAGAGGAGGAGGAGGAGGAAGAGGAGGACGAAGAGGAGGACGAAGAGCAGGAGGCAGCGAAAUCGCCGCCUGCAGGUGAGGAGGUGGACUCGGUAACCCCGGCUGGAGGGAUGGUCUCCGCCGCCGCAGAGCAGGAGGCAUCGAGGCUCCGGUGUGGCACAAGCAGCGAGGCCUUCGACAGCGAUGUGUUCGACAGUGAGGCGACGCCGAGCCCCGAUGCACAGCCUCACGGGCAGUCCUCCUGAGGGCACAACCCACUUUAGCAGGACUUCAGACAAUUCUAAAGCUGCUGCUGCACCCCACGCGGGUGACCCAGGACACUUCAAAUGCUGAAUCUAGGUUUCCAAGCAGCUCGAAAAAAAUGUGGUACUUCAAAUCAAUUGCCUUACAAUUUAAUAUAUAUUCUGUUUCUGAACCUACAUGCGUGCUCUAGAACGCCUCAAAAACAAUUCAUUUCUGAACAGCAACAAUAAAAGAAAAAAAAAUCCAGACACAAGUUGAGUCUAGAGUUUA